UGGGGUCGUCGCGGCUGCCUGCUUCUCCGGCGUGUGCGCCAUCGUGGUUUCCCGGGGCAACCGACUGCGGAGACGUCAGCGGCUCCCCGAGCCCCCGAAGGUUUCUCUGCCACGCGGCAGAGAGCGAGAGAUGUGCCGGGCGCGCAGCGAGCGCCGAAGCAAUCCCGCGCCUCUGCGGCAAGCGGAGGCUGCGCCACCCAAGGAGCGUCCCCGGGCAACGAUCCCAAAGGCCGGCGCCUCCAGCUGCCUUUGGCGCCGGUGGCCAGACCAGACGCGCGGGUGAGGAGCAGAGGGCAGAGUCCCCAGAUGGAGCUUUGCGCCCGGGGCUCUCCAAGUGCGCCUUAAGUCACCCCCGGGACCUCGGGCCGGCCGGAGCGCGCCUCUCCCGCUCCACGGAGCCGCCGGUCUCCCUCUCGGGGCCGGGAAGGCGCCUGGCCAUGGAGGGAUCCGCGCUGCUGCUCCUGAUCAACGGCUCGGCGCCGGGGCGCAACGAGAGCGGCGGCGGCCAGGUGCCUGUGCCGGAGGCCCCGUCGGAGGCGGACGCGGCGUGGGGCUGGUCCGGGGCGUCGCUGGCGUCGCAGGCGCUGCUGCUGCUGCUGAUCUUCGCGCUGUCGGCGCUGGGCAACGGCGCCGUGGUGGUGGUGAUCGCGCGGCACCGGCCUCUGCGCACGGUCACCAACGCCUUCGUGCUGUCGCUGUCGCUGUCGGAGCUGCUGGGCGCCGCGCUGUGCCUGCCGCCCGCCUUGGCCAGCCUGCUCAGCGGGCGCCCCCACGGGGCUUGGCUCUUCGGGCCGCGCCUCUGCCUGGCCAGCGCCGCCGCGCACGCCGGCCUGGGCAUCGCCGCCACGCUCACCAUGGCGCUGCUCUCCUUCGACCGCUACUGCGCCAUCGUGCGCCAGCCCAGGCGCAAAAUGGGCCGUCGGAGGGCCGCGCAGCUGCUGGCCGCCGUCUGGCUGGCCGCGCUGGGCUUCUCGGGGCCCUGGUACCUGCUGGGCCGGAGGGAAGACGAGGAAGAGGAGGAGGAAGCGGGGCCGGAGGCCUACCACUGCAUGUAUGCCCUGCCCUGGGGGUCCUCGCGCCUGGGUCCCCCCUACGGCGCCGCACUGAUCGUCCUGUGCUACCUGCUGCCCUUCGCCCUCAUGUGCUUCUGCCACUACAACAUCUGCCGGGCAGUUCGGCGCUCGGAGAGCAGGGUGCGCCCCCUCACCACCUACGGGCACCUGCUGCGCUACUACGGGGAGAUGCGGACAGCCACCACGGUCCUCAUCAUGAUCGUCUCCAUCAUCUGCUGCUGGGGCCCCUACUGCGUCCUGGGCCUGGCCGCCGCCACGGGCCACGUCUCCUUCUCGCCCGCUGUGGACACUGUGGCCUGCUGGAUGGCCUGGGCCAACGGAGCCAUCAACCCCCUCAUCUACGCCGCCCGGAACCCCAACAUCGCCAUGCUGCUUGGGCGCAACCGGGAAGGGGGGUACAGGACAAGGGGCAAUGUGGCUGCGGUGGCGCUGGCUGCCACCCAAGGCCGCCGCCUGGAGGGCAAGAGCCGGGCGGAGCAUUACGCCAGCCAUGGGAGCGGAGGCACCGUGGGGAGCACCCUCACCUCCUCCAGCCCGGCCAGCGGAGGGGAAUUGGGGGUGUGGGCCUGCCGGAACCCGGCGCUGCUCUUCUGCCGGGAUGGGUGGCCAGACACUGCUUCCGAAGGCGGCUUGCAGCAAGGAAAAACGGGCGCUGCCGAUACCAGCCUGUGAAACAUUGUCAGGGGUGGACCACAGCUGGCCUAAUGGCAAGGCUGAGAAAGCCAAGGCUCAGAAGCCUCUUCAUCACAUCUGGAACAUCGUUACAGAGACUGGAAGGAUGUGCUGUGAAUCAAAGGCGCCACUGUGAAUCCUGUGUCUUUUUUUUGAAACCCAGGACUUUCCCAAUCAGUCUCUGGGCUCGUCCACUCUUUCUCUUGCCCUGUGCCUAGAAAACAUGGGUCUGAGCAGAUUUCUAGGCAUGGGCCUGGGCAAACAUCAAUCUGGAGAAAGCCCAAAUUGCCAUUUGCUCCGACUUCGCUCUAAAGAGCAUUUUCCCCCCUGGAAGCAGGUGGGAGAAGCAGCAGGAUGGGAGGGAGUCCAGACAAGCCCAACUAUUCCCUUGGCUGAUCUGUAAAAUCGCUGCAGCUGUUUUAAGAAAGGGGAUGUGGGUGCUGCUUCUUUCUGUGUCCUUGGGACAUGGGAAUUAAAAGGUGUGUAAGAAACUGGCUGAGCCUCAUCAGGAGCCCAGCACUGAGCUGAAGGGACAGAAAGUGAGCAGAGUUUGCUUGAGGGCAGAGGUGAGGAACUGAGGGCCACAUGCGACUCUCCUGGCCCUCCGCUCAGGAAGCUAUGCCCCUCGCUGACCUUGCUGUGACACCUCAUCAAGUCCUUCUCCCUGGGUGAGGCAGGUCCUUGAUGAGUGUUAAGGUGUUUAGGGAAGUUUUAAAUGUUUCAUGUUUUAUUCUGUUUAAUAUUCUGUUGGAAGUCCCCCAGAGUGGCAGGGGAAACCCAG